AUGCAUAUUAACAAAUUGCUUAAAGAAGUUUAUGUACAUAAAACAAUAGAAUCACUUGAUCAACCAUUUCUUCAUAUAUGGGAUUGUGGUGGUCAGCCAGUGUUCCUUGAGAUUCUCCCAGCCUUCCUCACUCCUCGUACAAUGUUUCUCCUCCUGUUUGAUGCUUCUAUGGAUUUCAGAGAAAGAUGGCAGUCACGUCAGAAUACUCCUGAUGGUGAAGUGCUGUUUGGUGAAAUAGUGAAUGAAAGCACGAGUGAUCUAAUGGCCAAAUGGAUGUCUACAAUACACAGUCACCUUGUGAAGCACAACAAAGAUGAUUCUACUUCUCCUAGUCUCUACUGUAUUGGCACUCGUGGUGACAAGCUAAGUAAGGAAGAAAAGGAAGAAAUAAGAAAGCAAAUACAGUCCCUGUAUGAGGAGAAAGAGUUCUCAGAUCUCAUUGAAGAUGUGCUAAUUGUUGAUAAUAAGACCUCAGGCAAGGGGGAAAAUGAAGACCCAAGCAUUACAGAAUUACGCCAAUCAAUUAAUGAUUUUAUCAAUACAUUAGCUGUUCCAACUCCUGUCAAUUGGGUUCUCUUUCGCAAAGUUCUUCAAGAGCUUAAGCAGAAUGUCAUUAGUGUAUCUGAUGCUAUUGCCAUUGGAGUGGCAUGUAAGAUAAAAGCAAAUGAUGUUGCUGAAGUAUUGAAAUUCUACCAUGAGCUGGGAGUAAUACUUUACUAUCCUCAAAUAGAAGGUCUGAGGAACGAAGUCAUUCUCAGUCCAAAAUGGUUUAUCGAUACCAUUGGGGAGGUGUUCCCACUAGAGACAGGACAGGGUAGAGGAAAAGGAUGGUCUGCGUUGCGAAAUAAAGGUAUUCUUGUUCAAACAUUCUACAAAAAAGUAUGGAAGUCAAGUGGUAUUGGUCCAGAGAAAAUAAUUAAGUUUUUAGUUCAUUUUCAACUUGCAGCUCAAGUUCAAACUGAGCUUUAUGAUGGCAGCAUCAAGCAAUAUUUUCUUCCAGCAGUCCUACCAGGAUACACAGGUGACCCUAAUGAAGUACGACCUGGUUGUAAGCUAAGAGCCUCACCUGUACACAUUACAUUUUCCACUGGGUAUGUACCUCCUGGCUUCUUCACUCGUUUAGCAACUGCUGUUGCUUCUAGUGCCAAUGUUAAGCUCAAUAUUGAUAAAGAUUAUGCAGCACCUGACAUUCAUUCGAAAUGCAUUUAUCGUAAUCGUGUUUGCUUUUUUUAUAGUCGUCCUUCUGAUGAUUUUGUUCUCACUAAUGUUAAUGAAGCUAUUCAAGUUGAUGUGUUGCGAUAUCUCCCUGAGAGUAGUCACCCUGUUCCUUUCAAAGCAGUUUGUCAAGGAAUAUUGAAGAUAUUAGAUGAAUGCUGCCAAAAGGUUGAAGAAACUCUUCACCAUGAUCAUUAUGCUGAUCGAUCAUCAAGAAAAGUACAGUAUGUUUGUCAAUGCAGUCCUUCCAGUGAUGUACAUUACAUUCAAGACAUUGAUGCUGAGAAGACAAGCUCUGAUCCUGUUUACUGCAAAAUGGAAAGAUGCCCUCGCCGCCUAACUGAUCAGGAAUCAGUGUGGUUCAAUGAAAUGUCACAAGAAAAACAACUCCAAGAGAUUCCACCUUUGGAAGAGAUUAUCAUUAAAGAUGAUUAUAAGUCGACAAGUCAAAAAAUUGACUCAACUACAAAUUACUCUGCCACUCAGAUCAGUGAGUCCAAUGAUGAUGAUCAACAUAAAGGCAUAUUGACUAUCAAGAAUCUGGUAGAUAUCAUACGAGUGUUAGAAAAAGGUUACUUUCAGAACAAAAAAUGGUUUGAUCUUGGUCUCUACUUGGGUCUAAUUCAUACUGAUUUAAAGACAAUCGAGGAUAAUUAUCCACGAGAUGCUAAGCGAUGUCUCAGAGAAUGUUUAGCAUUAUGGCUUACAGAUGAUAUUGAAGCAACAUGGGACAAACUAGCUAUUGCUGCUGGUGAAGUAGGAGAGACAUCAGUUGCUGACUACAUUAGUGAAAUCUAAAUUAAUUAAUAAUAAUAAUAAAUUGAUUAUUAAUGAUUAAUAGGAUCAAGAAAAGAACUUUAACAAAUGGCAGUAGUGUUAAUCAUUUGAAUAAUUAAAAUGUUUUGUAAUUAUUAGUGGUUUCUAUUCUUUUUUAGCUGUUAUUUGCAUCACAUUAGUAUACAUA